AUGGAGUUCACCGCCAGGACGGCCAUUGCUCUGCUUCUUUCGCUCGCCGUCUCCUUGAGCUUCCUCUGCGGCGGCGUCCAGGGCGGCCGCCACUACCACCACCACACCAGGCACACGGGGCACAACUCCGCGCACCCGCCGUCCGCCCACGCUCCGGGCCCGGCGAGCGGGAGGCGGCACGCGCCUUCGCCGCACGCGCGGCCCGUGUCUCCCCCGGCCCCACCGCCGUCGUCGUCGGGCUCGGGCGGCUACCCGACGCCUGGCACCGCCUCGCCGGAGCCAGCACCGGCCCCCGCGGCGGGCGCGGCUGGCAACGUGUACGACGUCGUCAAAGACUUUGGCGCCGUCGGGGACGGCGUGACGGACGACACCGACGCCAUCAAGACCGCGUGGGACACGGCGUGCCAGGACGACGGACACAGCGUCGUGCUUGCCGCCGCCGGCUACUCGUUCCUCGUGCACAGCACCGUCUUCACCGGCCCGUGCCAGGGGAGCGUCACGAUUCAGCUCGACGGGACGAUCGUGGCGCCGAGCGACCCCGACAAGUGGCUGGGCAACAAGCGCAACUGGCUGCUGUUCUACCAGGCCCACGGCAUGUCGCUGCAGGGCGCCGGCCUCAUCGACGGCAAGGGCCAGAAGUGGUGGGAGCUCCCCUGCAAGUCUCAGAAGGCCAUGGCGGAUCAAGCGGCCACGGUGCAUCCUGUGACAGCCCAGUGGUUUUUCAUGACCAACAACAUGACGGUGCAAGGCCUCAAGGUGCAGAACAGCUCCGAGUUCCACAUCCGGUUCGACAACUGCCACGGCGUGGUCGCCAGCGGCCUGUCAAUCCGCUCCCCGGCGCUGAGCCCCAACACCGACGGCAUCCACGUCGAGAACAGCACGGACGUCCUCAUCACCAACACCGCCGUCUCCAACGGCGACGACUGCGUCUCCAUCGGCGCCGGCACCCUCAACAUGCACGUCGAGAACCUCACCUGCGGGCCCGGCGGCCACGGCAUCAGCAUCGGGAGCCUGGGCAAGCAGGGGUCGCGGGCGUGCGUGGCCAACGUCACCGUGCGCAACGCCGUGAUCCGCCACUCGGACAACGGCGUCCGGAUCAAGACGUGGCAGGGCGGCUCCGGCGCCGUCUCCGCCGUCUCCUUCGAGAACGUGCGCAUGGACGCCGUGCGCAACCCCAUCAUCAUCGACCAGUACUACUGCCUCUCCAAGAGCUGCGAGAACGCCACCUCCGCCGUCUUCGUCAACGGCGUCUCCUACGCCGGCAUCCGGGGCACCUACGACGCGCGCACCCCGCCCAUCCACUUCGGGUGCAGCGACGCCGUGCCGUGCACCAACAUCACGCUCUCCGACGUCGAGCUGCUCCCCGCGUCCGGCGAGACCAUCGACGACCCCUUCUGCUGGAACGUGUACGGCACUGCCGCCACGCCCACGGUGCCGCCGGUGUCGUGCCUCAUGGAAGGCGUGCCCAGCAGGAACGAUAACAGCAGCCUCAAAUGCUACUAG